AUGUCUGCAAGCCGCAACCCCGACUCCGUGGCCCAACAGGGCGAAUUCCACAGCCGUGUCCCGCCAUCUGAGCCCCUCACCACCAAGGGCCACAAGCCGGGAGUCCUGGUUGGCAACGACGCCGUCCCAGAGUUUCAUGCCGAGACACACACGUCGGGCACAGCUCCGCCCAAGGAUUCAUACCGACCUAAUCCCGUGGGCGAGGUGCCCGGCCAGGCCCUCAACGACCAGACCGCGACGAGGACGGACCCUGCAGACACCCUUGGCGGAGCCACCUCGGCAAGCGUGCACACCGGACUCGGCAAGCCGAUGCAGGGUCAGACGUCGACGGAGCUGCACGGCGACCACAAGAACCGCUCCGGUCUGGAGGGCAGGGGGGCCAGCGUUGGGAUGAAAGACGUCGUACGCGAGAAGGGAGCCGACCUGCCCGAGGGCGUAUACAAGGGUAUGAAGGGAGGAAAGGCCAGCCCUGAUUACCCUGCUGCCGAGGACCGCCCUCCCGUGAGCGCAGAGAGCGUCGCCAGUGAGAGGAAGUGA